AAUCGAGAACAAAAGAAAACACCACCCUACCCCGGAACAACCCUUUACUCCAACUUACAACAAGAACAACAACAAAAAAACUACCAAUGUAUUAUCCCAACAUCCAACUACAACCCCUACCAACAACAUCCAGAACAACAACCUCCAAUUGGCGUUCCAGCUUGUUUUGGUAUAGAUUUUGAAUGCAAAAAUCCCAAACAAAAUUUUUUAUUUCAAAAUUCUUUUCCAAUCAAUCAAUCAACCAACAACACUUACAUACACCCACCCAACCACCCAAAAUUCAAUCAUCAAAAUUAUGACUUCAAUAGGAAUUAUGACACUGAGCCGUGGCCCCUACAGCGAGCUCGAUAAAAUGAGCCUUUUUCAGGAUCUAAAACUGAAACGACGUAAAAUCGAUUCAAGAUGCAGCAGUGAUGGUGAAUCAGUAGCAGAUACCUCAACCUCAUCACCGGAUCUUUUGGCGCCCAUGUCACCCAAAAUGUGUGAUUCGGGAGGGGGUGGUGGUGGCGGUGGAGUUGGUAGCAGCGUGGCCGCCUCCAUGUCAUUGGUAACACUGACUGCCACCACAACUCUAACCUCAACCACCAGUACAACACCUGCCACCUGUUCGAGCUCUGCCUUGCCUCAGCAUCAAGUUGCUGCCGAGGUUGUGGUGGCAACAGCAAAAGCUGUUGCGGCGGUCGUUGCUGUUAAAAAUGAACAGCUACAGCAACAAUUGCAACAGCAGCAGCAGCAGCAACAACAACGUCAAGAACAGACUGAAAUCCAUUCAUCGUGUGGCAUGUCGGCCUCGUCUACGGCCGCCAGCAAUAUGAUGACACCACCUGCUCCCGUUCGAACAUCACCGCCCAUGAGCACAGAAAUGGCAGCUGCGGAUAGUGCGGAACGAAGGACGCCCUCCAGUAAUCGGGCCACACCCACACCGCCUCACAAUAAUGGCAAUGCCAGUAGCAGUACCAGUAAUGGUGGUGGCAGUAGUCGAGCCUCACCCGAUUCCAUGGAUGAUAAGCCAACGACAACAACAACAACAAGCAGUUCAUCACUGCUGAUGUCUGCCAAUGGCAUGCACAGUGGCGGCAGCACAAACCCCAACAGCAGUAUGAGUGUUAUACGUUCGGUGAAGGAGGAACGCAUAUUGGCAUCGCCAACUCGAAUGCUGGCCUACCAUCAGCAGCAACAACAACAACAACAGCAGCAGCAGCAGGGUUGUAAAACACCCACACAGUCUCAACAGCAUGUCACCGUCUUGGUGACACCAUCACGUAUUAAGUCUGAACCCCAACCGCCACAACCACCACAUUCGCCAUAUUCCGCAGCUGUUAGUGCAUCGACCACAACGCUGUCGCCCUCACCACUGCCUGGUAAUCCUAAUGCCUCCUCUCACAAUACACCAAGCAGUCUGCUGCAGCAACAGCAGCAUCAUCAUCAGCAACAGCAGCAGCAACAACAAAAUCCCCCUCCUCCCAUUGUCACAACACAUCACCUGCAUCAGCAGCUGACCCAGCCGCAGCUGAGAAAAAAUAGUCCGCCUCAUGAUUUACAGUUUCCUCCACAACAUCAUCACCUACUGACGCAGUCCAUGCAACAUCUGACGCAACAACAGCAGCUGCAGUUGUUGCAACAGGCCGCUGCCAUGUCCAGACAAAACAAUCCAGCCACACGGGAGAUGUCGCCCAGUGCCUCGAUGUCGCCCAGCUCAAGACACUCAUCCUCCAAGUCACCACAACAGCAUCUGAUGCAACAGCACCAGCAGCAGCAGCAACAGAAUGUGGCGGCCCAGCAUAUGCGCAUCAAAAAGGAACCCUCCGCCAUGCAGAACCAUAUAACGGGCUUUGGCAAUGGAGGCAAUGGCGGUCCCCAGCGACACCACUCACCGCAUUUUAUGCAACAGGCAUCGCCCAAUCAACAGUCGUCGCCACAGCAGGGUCCUCCACCACCCCAACUGCCUCCUCAAGCCUUGGGCAAUAUGGCCCAGGCCCUGAUGCACCCAGCUUCUCUGCAAUCGCUGAGACAUCCAAAUCGUGAUGCAGCCAUUUUAUUUCGUGUCAAAAACGAAGUCCAGCAACAGGUGGCGGCGGCAGCAGCGGCGGCUGCAGGUUUGCCUCAGCUAAUGCAGCCUGGAGCUGCAGCAGUGGCAGCAGCAGCAGCCCAGCGCAUGGUCUGGGUAUCGAAUGCCCGCAUAAAUGGUGUGAAACCGGAGGUGAUUGGUGGUCCCAUGGGCAGCAUACGGCCGGGAGGGCCUGGACAAUCGCCCUCACCGCAUCAUUCUUCGUCGUCGGCCUCCUCAACGUCACAACUGUCCCCCCAGACACCAUCACAAACUCCCCCGCGCGGCACACCAACCGUUAUAAUGGGUGAAAGUUGUGGUGUCCGGACCAUGGUCUGGGGCUAUGAGCCAGCGGCUCCAUCGUCAUCGGCAGGAUCGGCGAGUCAGUCGCCCAACUCACAUCACCAUGGUCAGCAUCAUCUAACGCAUCAGCAAAUGGGAGGUGGCGGUGGACCGCCAUCAUCACUGCAGUCUCAGUCACACCAUUCAUCACAAUCAUCGCUGAACACAGCCUCCUCCCCAUCAGCCGGAUCUCUAACACCAACGCAUACGCCAGGACCUUCGCCGCAAAACAAUGAAGAGGCAGCCCAGCUGCUGCUCUCUCUGGGCCAGACACGCAUUCAAGAUAAUCGGCCACGGCCGCCACAUGCAUUUCGUACGCCUCAUGCUCUGAACAUGGAACGUCUGUGGGCCGGCGACUAUUCCCAAUUGCCGCCGGGUCAACUGCAUGCCCUUAACCUAAGUGCAGCCCAGCAGCCUUGGGGUAGUGGUGGCAGCUCAAAUACCACCGGCUUGGGACGGGGUUUGGACAACCCCCACGAGCCAACGGAUGAGGAUGACCAGCCCCUGGUGUGUAUGAUAUGUGAGGAUAAGGCAACGGGCUUGCACUAUGGUAUUAUAACAUGUGAAGGGUGCAAAGGUUUCUUCAAACGCACGGUGCAAAAUCGCCGGGUCUACACCUGCGUGGCAGAUGGCACCUGUGAAAUAACCAAAGCUCAACGUAACCGUUGUCAGUAUUGCCGUUUCAAGAAAUGCAUUGAACAAGGCAUGGUUCUGCAAGCUGUUCGCGAGGAUCGCAUGCCCGGCGGUCGCAACAGCGGUGCAGUCUAUAACCUUUACAAGGUCAAAUACAAGAAACAUAAAAAGAACAAACAGCAGCAGCAACAACAACAAUCCCAACAACAUUCACCCCUGCACCAACAGCAGGGACAUCAUCAGCCGCAACUAUCUCCGCAUCAUCACCAUCAUCAGACUCAUCUCUUUAUGCCACAGCAACAGCAGCAGCAAUUGCAGCAGCAACAAUUCGCAGCCGCAGUGGCGGCGGCAGCCCACCAGCAACAAACCAAAUUACUCGGUGAAAUGAAGCCGAUGUUCCUGUCCAAGGAACAGCAGGCCUUGCAUUCACCGCACCAUCCAGGCCAACAACAAUCGCCAGCCUUGGGACCACCACCCCAGCAGCAACAGCAGCAGCAAGCACCUCCGUCACAUUUGUCAUCGCCCCACCAUCCACUGCACGGCUCAGCGACUGGUCCCGGUGGUCCGCUGCACAGUCCGCUUGCCAAUGCCGGCCAGCAGCAGACAUCACAUCAUCAUUCUGGCGGCCAUUCUGCCUCUGUUGUGACCGGGCCGCCCCACAUGUCCGGCGCCGGCCACCAGCCUUCAGCAGCUUCACAACGACCUGCCACGCCCCAAGAGACUGCCAUGAAAAUACCCUCGCAUUUGGUAAAUGGAACCAUACUAAAGACUGCCCUCACAAAUCCUAGCGAGAUUGUUCACCUGCGGCAUCGGCUCGAUUCAGCGGUUAGCUCCUCCAAAGAUCGCCAGAUCUCAUAUGAGCAUUCUCUGUCCAUGAUCCAAACUCUGAUAGACUGUGACGCCAUGGAAGAUAUUGCCACACUGCCGCACUUCUCCGAAUUCUUGGAGGAUAAGUCUGAGAUAAGCGAAAAGCUCUGCAACAUUGGUGACUCCAUUGUUCACAAACUGGUGUCGUGGACGAAAAAGUUACCCUUCUAUCUGGAGAUACCAGUCGAGAUACAUACCAAACUUUUGACCGACAAAUGGCACGAGAUUCUCAUACUGACCACAGCAGCCUAUCAGGCGUUGCACGGCAAACGUCACACGAAUGCGGCCGCAAACACAACAUCGUCGUCGUCGGCCCAUUCAAACACCUCGGCUAGCAGUAGUUCGGCAUCAUCGAAUUCCUCAGCAUCGUCGUCCUCCUCUUCGCCCACACAACACAAUCACAAUAAUCAUGCCUCGUCGACAUCACCUCCGCACAUAACCGCACAUCCUGCCUUAGUACACAAAGACGAUCCCGAAUUUGUGGCCGAAGUCAAUGCCCAUUUGAGCACGUUGCAAACGUGUCUGACCACUCUGAUGGGCCAGCCCAUUGCCAUGGAACAGCUGAAAUUGGAUGUGGGUCAUAUGGUGGAUAAAAUGACGCAGAUAACGAUAAUGUUUAGACGAAUCAAAUUGAAAAUGGAGGAAUAUGUUUGCCUCAAGGUCUACAUAUUGCUGAACAAAGCAGAAGUGGAAUUGGAAAGUAUACAGGAACGUUAUAUACAAGUAUUGCGUACAUUUUUACAGCAUUCAUCGCCCCAGAAUCCACAAGCCCGCCUUAAUGAGUUGUUGUCUCAUAUACCAGAGAUCCAAGCUGCUGCUAGUCUAUUAUUGGAAAGUAAGAUGUUCUACGUUCCAUUUGUUCUGAACUCCGCCAGUAUAAGGUAGCAAAUGCUUCAACGUGGUCUAUUGACAAUUGCCGAGCAAAAACCGCCUUAUUCCAUUAUACCGACAACAACAGCAACAACAACAACAAGAACAAAUGAACACAAUGAAAACCGGGAACCAGAGCUUAAUGCCGAAACAAAACGGCUACGAAAUGAAACGCAAGCAUCGACGCAAGGUCCUACUUUGCCAGAGACGAAUAAAGAGUAUCAAUUCAAAUGUUUGCCCAUUGUGGAAAUGCCACAGAUUAAAAUCGAAAGAGAUUAUGAUGAAUAUGAGAUGAUGGAUACAAGCGAAGCGGCAGAAAAUGACGAAGAAGAGGGAGAUAAUGUGAUGGAAAAAAUGGAAACAGACGAAAGUAAUGCGGUGCAUUUGAAACCAGUGCCUCAGUUGUUGGAACCAACAUCGAUUUUAAAGACUUCUCUGUUAACAGGGGCAGCCAAUACCUUGGCAACUUUAACGGCAGCAGCCGAGCAAAUAGCUCGUAUGCCGCCGGCGCAGGAUUUAAGAGAUAUGGGAACGAGUAAGACGGUGUCAGCAAAAUCUCCUACGACACAUCUGGCACCGAAUGUUCUACUGAAAUCCUAUGCCUAUUAUAGUGAAGAAAAUAAAAGACUUUUAUAUAACGAUGAUGCUGAGGGAGAGCGGGAGAAAUCUCCAAAUCCAAAACACCAGCAGCAACAACAACAAAGGGAAUCGUUGCUGUGUUUGGCCAAGGCAACAGCAAUGGAGGAGGAAAUGGAAACAGAUACUUCUGGGCCACCACCCCCACCACCAGCAACAACAACUUACACAUCAAUUUUACAAACAGCAUUGAUGUCCAAACGUCCAGCAACAUUAAAUGUUGCCUCAUCAUUACAAUUAGCAACGUCUACGGUCUCAACAGCAUCCACAAUGUCAUCAUCAUUAUCAUCAUCGCCGUCAUUGGCAUCAGCUAAAACUUUACAUGUUCGUACACCCGAUCAAGUUCUAAAGACUGCAGUUACAUUGGCAACCCUUAGCGAAAUAACAACACAACGUGAACAACAAAAACAACAACAGCAGCAGCAGCAACAACAGCAACAAGACUUAUCCGCAUCCGCAGCUAAGCAUAUUUUAGUUGUGCCCCAAGUGGCGCCCCGGAAAAUGUGUACCCUGCCUUUUAAGAAAUUGAAUUUUGCCAAUGUAACUUCUCUACCAAACACCACUGCCUCCAGCAACAGCAUUUCAUUGACGCCUCUAACUACUGCAGCAGCAGCGGCAGCAACAACAGUAAUACCAGCCAAUAGUAGUUGUAUGCCCACAACUGCAGCUAUGGCUACUGGUUUGGCCACCUUAAAUAUUUCAUCAACAUCAGCAGCCACGGCAUCAACACCAACACCAUCUACUGCAAUUACAACAAAUCAUAAUAAUUUAACUAGUUUUUUAGGUUCUAAUAUGAAAAACAGCAGCAACAACAACAACAUUAAUUUAUCUAUAAUUGAUAACAACACUAAGAUGAGUAAUAAUAACAACAACAACAACAAUCAGGCGGCUUCUUCUAUAAUACAAAAAACUAAUCACAAUACCAACAGCAACAGUGUUCAACAACAAAACAACAGCAGCAGCAACAGCAACAGCAACAACGCGAGCAAUAGUAGUCUACAAACAUCCAUUAAAAUCCCCUGCAUCAAACCUCAACUGGUCACCAGCCAGACCCAAACAGAAGAUGUGGCCCAAAAGGAGGAUCUUAAAUCCCGGCCCACAUGUUUUGCCACCCCACCUCCCUCCUCCUCCAAUUCCUCCUCUAAUAGCACAACAUUUGCAUCUUCAUUACAAACAGCUACCUCCUGUUCUAUGGGAGGACUGUUAAGGACUGCCGUGCCAUCUCUUGGUAAACCAAUGAGCAUGGCACAAACCGCAUCUACCAUUACAGCAUCUAAAACUUUGGCCACAAUACCAACUUCUCUAUCAUCAUCAUCCACCGCAUUGAGCACUACCCCCAUUCCUGCUAGUCCUUGCUUGAACUUAAAUAAAACCUCCAAGGCCCCAAAGAGUUCGAAUUUUAAUAGCAACAUUUUAAAGGCCACCCUGAGCCAGCCCCUAACGGGCAGCACAGUUUUGAAACAAAUGAAUUCCAAAACCAGCAACCCCUCAUCAGCCACGCCAACAUCAUCCACUACUAUUGCCAGCAAUACCAACACACCCACAGCUGUUACCGUUGUUGUUUUUGAGACAUUGUUACCUGAGGACUGAAAACCAUAUAUAUAUUUUUUAAAACAUAAACCUAAUUAGUUUUAGACACAACAAAAACAAAAAAGAGAAAACCUUUUUUCCUAAGUUUUUAUUAUUUUAUAGAGAAACAAUAAUUAUAUAUAUAUACAUAUAUACAUAAAUAAAAGUGGCUUAAGCAACCCCUUUUCCCAUUUGUUUAAAAGAAUAACUCCCCUUUGUUGUUACCCACUCCCACCUUGUUUUUAUAUUUAAAAGAAAAACACACACACACACAAAAUUAUAAUUAUUUGUUUCGCUUUGCUUAUUUUAUUAAAUAUAAAGAUUUAAAACAAAGAAUAUACAUUUUUUUCUGUUUAUAAAGUUAAACAAUUUAUAAGCAAUUUGUAUUUUUUUAUAGCCAUUAAGUCAUUUAU